AUGCUGUGGCUGAGACUGUUCGUGCAGUGUUUGAAUGGUCACGAUCCCACAAAGGAACAAUACCUUCAGAACAAUGGGGUCCACCAGCCCGAGCUGUGCACAACCCCACCUUCACCAAAAGUAAUACGCCUGGCCGCACAGGUAAGUACCCUCACUAACGGCUCAAAAGAAGACUACUUGUACAGGGUCCCCACAAACAAAGGACCUGAGCCCGCCAGGACUAAGCCCGAAGGAAGUGUGCAGACGUCCACGGAAGACCUCCCACAGGUAAGACAUGAAUCUCCCCAUGUGCAGGAACACCACGACCGCAGGACGUCUUGGGCCAAUACAGGCCCUAACCAACCAACACGGUCCAACAUAAAUGGUAGGUACCCAAACUGGACCAGGUCAAACUACGACCACUAUGACUGCCCACCUAGUCAGAGGUACAGUAACAGACCGGAACCCCCAGACAGAGGACCGGACCCACCUGACUACCACGGCUACCGGCAACCGGCCCACUGCCAGGAAGCCCCCAAGGACCCGGUAAGUCACAACAGACAAGACUCUUACAGUGACCGCUCACAGUGCCCCAGGUACCCAGACUUCCCGGAUGUAAGACCCGUACCGCCCACUUGCCGACAGGACUGCCAAGACGUUAGGAGACGUGACCCCUAUGGCCCACCCCCCACCUGCCCCCGCGAGUGCCAAAUGCAUGUCCCAAUACAAGGUCGAGACUACCCCGGACCAACAAUCCGUGACUUUGACCUUAUUGCCCGCCACAUUAACCGCUUUGAACCCCAACCGGGAAACCCUGCAGACCCCCGGUCGUACCUCAGAGACAUUGACUUCUACUCUAAACGUUUGCUCAAUGCAUCUCUAGAGGACAAAGUAUUCUUAAUAAAACUUACGUCCAACAGGGAAGUUAAUAACUUUAUAGACAGACAGUCACCCGCCACACGGCGAAACUACGACAAUCUCUGUCAGGCCCUCCUUGACGAAUACUUUGACUUUGGAACGUCUGGUACACUCACUGCAGCCCUAACCGUCAGACAGGCCCGUAACGAGCCGUCAGACGCUUACUAUCACAGACUGAGACAGGCAUACUUCGGUAACCAAAAUUACCAAAAUAUGGAGGAGGACAAAGACUUUAAAGCCCUGUUCAUCCAGAACCUCCACCCCAGCCUCAGCCUUCUCCUAGGUGUGAGUGCAUGCCCUGUUACACAAAACAUGCGGCAGCUGAGGACUCUGGUUGCCAGAGCCCAACGUAUUCACACAACGAGAUCCCACAACAAACCACCCGAGGCGCCCUCAGUCUACAGUGUUGGUAAACAUUCUAAACUAAAGAGCGCCCCCGCCCACCAGCUGCGUAAAACAGCACGUAAGGCCAACCAGGAAAAGUCAAGCUCCCACAGGCCAACGGCACGUAAAAACAGGCACACACAGGGCAGAAGCCAGCGCUAUUCCACAAACAGCACUGGCCCCCACCCACAUAGCGGGACUCAAAACAAUGUCCCCAAACAACCCUCAGGUACAUUUAAAAACCAUGUGGGGGAAGACCAUAAUCAAUCGGACAACCUCACCUGGGAAGAGGAACAGCUCCUCCGAAUACUCACUCGUAAAACAACUGGUGAAACGACAAACAAAGCUGACUCCCUUACAGAAAAUGAUAGUCCAUACGACUCAGACGACAUUGACUACACAGACACUGACGGUGCUGAACCACUAAAUCAGACUGUAUUACAAUCACAGGUCGACACGGACACUUGGGACCCUGACUGGCCAGAGGACAGUCAAUACAUUCCCCAAAAGGACGUUAUGGUGGUACAGGUAAGUCCCUACACCGACGCUGGGGGGAAAACUCCCCCCACAGUCAGGUGCAAACCACCUGCCCAAACGUUAAUUGGAAAAUUGCGACUCAAAGGAGCAAACGGGACACUCCACCUUCCGGUGACUCUCGAGGACCAAUGGAAACAGGACGCUAUGAUGGAUACGGCAGCAGACAUCAGUCUGAUAUCCAGGAAUCUCUUUGAACAUACAGCACACUCCGGAGCAGAUAGGAGGUUCAAGGUCACUAUAAUAGUACUCAACACCACCUAUCGAAGCACUCCUCUGGUGUUUGCCACCGUGGACAUCCCCUUUAACAUGAGCGUGUCCACAGUGGUGAAAACCAAUAGACUUCUCCCUUAG